UAUGUCUACAUCCGUUGAAUUCGCCGAUUUCCGUUUCCGCUCCCGUCAUGCCUAUUUUGGCAAAAUGGAAGACAGCAAUGUCCCUGUAGAGAUUUGGGCUGAAAAUGGCCAGUAUUAUUUCGAGGCUCUUUUGUGCAAUGUGUACCAAACUGAAGUUGGUGUCCGUUUGAAAUCCGGAUGCGAAGAAAAACGAUAUCCAUUUAAAGACGUUUCACUGCCUCAGUCUGGAAAUAGUUCAGGAGAAGUAAAGGAGAACGAUGAAAUAGAAAUAAAAGGAGAAAUAGAACAAGAUGGAGUAACUUUGAAAGUUUGGAGAAAAGGUCGAGUGCGAUUUAUUAAAGGCGACUUUGUCGCAUUUGAAUUGAGUGGUUCCAAUGACAAUGAUGUUGUACCCUUCGAGCGUAUUCGAUCAGCGGAACUGAAAAAUCAACAUGUUACGAAGAACUCUUUUAACAUCAGUUUUUUUGAUGUGCCUGAUAACCUAGUUCUUGCUUUUCGAGACAACUCAGCCUUAAAUGAUUUUAAAAUGGCUGGUCCUUGUGUCCUAUCAUAUGAUGGGCAUGGUCAAAAGCUGAAAGUUAUAACUGUCGACAAACAAAUUCAUGAUCGUCUUCAAAUGAUGUCUGAUUUGUGUAUGAGAAAUGUCCGACAAAAGUUGAUUUUGCGGCAGAAGGCAGAGGAAGCUCAAAAGAAAUUGGAGAACCAGCGCCAAAGCUAUCGAGCACCGUUUACAAAAGAAUUCACCGUACAAUCUGAUCUGAUGGGUUUAGCUAUAGGAACACACGGUGCAAAUAUUCAAAAAGCCAGGCAAAUAGAUGGCAUUACCGGUAUUGAAUUAGACGAACAACAAUUUAGGAUUAGUGGUUCUACAGCUGAAGCAGUCCAACAAGCCCGAAACAUUUUAGAGUUUUGCCAAGAAACCCUCCCUGUAGCAAGAGCAAUUAUACCCAAAGUUAUCGGCAAGAAUGGACGCAACAUCCAAGAAAUAGUUGACAAAUCUGGAGUAGUAAGGGUUAAAAUUGAGGGUGAUAAUGAGAGGCAAGAUGAUGCUCAAACAGAAAUGGUACCAUUUAUUUUUAUUGGAACAAGAGAGAGCAUUACAAAUGCAAAAUUACUCCUGGAUUGUCAUAUUAAACACCUGCAAGAAGUGGAGAAAAUACGUAAUGAAAAUCAAGGACUCUUCCAACAACUCAAACAACUAUCAAUUGAUCCUCGACCUGGAUCUGGUUAUUACAGCGCUGGGUCUGACUAUGAAAGGGGAUGGAAAGGUCGUGGUCGACCUCAUCGUCGGGGAUGGUCGGAGGAUAACUCUGACAGAUUAGGUUAUCAAACUGACGUACCGAAUGAUAGACCAAGGAGGGGUCGUGGAAGAGGUCGCGGUCGCGGUAGUUCUGCGUUUCAUACAGGUUCCCAACCUAUCAUUAACAAUACUGACAAGCACGGUGGCAGGCGAAGACGAACUGAUGAAGAUGACACCUUAUUGGACAAUAAAGAGGAAGUAUCCAGCGUGACUAGUCAGGAUAAAGAGAGUACUUCAUCACAAGAUGGUGUUGUUACGACGAGUCAUGGCCGAGGAAAUAAUCGUGGACGAGGACAAGGUAGAAAAGUUCUAGGAAGAGGAAUUAAUAGAGGUCGGUCCAACGACAAGAUACCACCUUCAGGCAGAAAGAAAGAAUCUGGCAAUGGGGAUACAACUGCGCAUAAUGGAGGACGACGCGCUGUUGUAAAUGGAACGGAUAAUUAG